AUGACGAACUGCAGCGCCAGCGAGCUCUUGCCCGGCAGCGCCACCUGCCUGACGCUGACGACGCAGAACGAUGCCUUUGCCUCGUCCUCGACGCUCACGCCAGCCACGACCUCGACGUCGUUUAUGAGCUUUGCCCAAGACGCCGUCUCGACCAAGGGCGCGGCCACCGCACUCUUUGAACGCGUCGACAGCAUUCGCGGCUACACGGACAGCUGGUUCCGCAACUCGCUCCACGCGAUCGCGGUGUACGCCUGCGACAGCAUGCUCUCGGCUAGCGACAAGCAGCGCUGCGUGGCACGCGACGACCCGAGCGCGGUCUUGAAUGGCACGCUUUGCUUUCGCGUUGGCGGCGACGGCAACUGCUUUGACCAAGGGCUCUGCGAGCGCGCGGCCAACUGCUACUGGCCGCCGCCCAUGGUCAACCGCACACCCCACUACACGGAGGCGAACGUCCGGGCCGCGUCGGCGUGGGUCACCUCCGCGUACCCCAAGUCGUUUGUACCGUACGCGAUUCCCGGCGUCUUUUUAGCAUCGCUCGUGCUUCUCGUGACGGUGGUCUUUCUCAUUCUGCGCUGCGGCUGCGACCGCUGCUACGGCAACCGACCGCACCGCCACGGCUACACGCGGGCCGAGCGCUCGCGGCCGGUGCUCGUCUACGGCUUUUCUGCAACGGCCGUCGCGCUCUGUGCGGCCUUUGCGUUCACUCAAAACCAAAUCAUCACCAAGGGGAUCAACGGCGCCUUCUCGGCCGUCGACAUGUCCCUCACCAACCUGCAGACGAUGACGCGCAAUGUGGACAAGCCGCUGGCGCAUGUCGCGACGGCCUUGAACAGUACGGUCGCCGAGAUCCAGCUGCAGCUCAACCCGACGGCCACGAGUGCGUGGAUGAACGACAACAUCACCACGCUUUGGACGCUGCGCGCGCAUUUGGAGUUCAGCUUGGCCCACCUGGGGCCAUACCCGAUCGGAUGCACGCUUAACUCUACCGACGUGUGUGUGACAUGCCCGCCAGCACUCUGUGGAACGUUUCCUAUCGCAUUCAACGCGACGGUGGACGCCUUUAACGCGAGCCACACAACGACCGAGGCCGUCGUGAACACUUUGUACUCGCGCCUCCAGCUAUCCCAGGAGACGAUCCAGGCUGCGCUCGACAGCGCUGAUACGUACCUCACAAGCGUCCAGGCCAAAGCGGCGACGACGCAAGCCAGCGUGCACAGUGCGUACUCGGCGUUCAGCGCCAUCUCGGUGGCGCAAGUGGUCGCGCUUAUGACCGCCUUUGCUUUCGGCGUCGCCGUCUGCGCGCUGGGGCUGGUGGGUAUCGUCGCCGGGCACUGUUCCCGCAAGAGCUGCCUCGUGCGCGUUCUUAAUGGCGCCUGGCUCUGGGGCGCGACGGUCUGUAUUGGCGGCUUCGCGUUCUCGGCGGCCAUCUUGAUUUUUGCGAUGCUGGGCAACGACACGUGUCAUUACGUGGCAGUCCUGCGGGACAACAGCACGUCCGUGUGGCCAGGGCAAGCGUCCGAGAUACUGCACGCAUGCUUUCACAACACGUCGCUCCUCUCUGCGCUUGGCAUUGAAGAGGAUCUUGCGUUCAGCUGUCCGCUCGAACAAGAACUUAUUGCAGCCAAUGCGCUCCCGCUGACAGCCUUGGUGACGGCCAUGACCAACCUGAGCCAGACACUGCAUGCGGCCAACGAGUCGGCGUGGGUGACCACGCCUGCCGCCGACUUGGUCGCUGAGGCCGCUGCGCAUACGCCGCAGCUGACACUAGACAACCUUCCGCGACCGUGGGAGGCCGACGGGCACGCAUCCUUGCAGGCGUCGGGCGAAUCGACGUGCUACUUUGAGUCGACGACGAACGCGCCGCGCUGCUACAUGAGCAAGUCGUGCAACAGCGUCGCGACCGCCUGCUACACGACAUACGUGGCAGCCUACGAUACCUACCUCGCCGAGGCGCAGAUUCGCACGGCCCUCGACCAGAUCGACACGGACUUCAGCGGCGGUAGCGGGACGCACUCGCCCGGCUGGAACGCGUCGAUUCCGUCGGUUGCAGAAUUUGCGACCGCCUACGUCGGCAACCUCACGCAGCUGCGGACGUCGGUGCUGGGGCCGCUGCAGAAAGGCGUCGUCGGCACGCUCCUCACCCACGUCAACACGACGACCUGCAGCAUGGACUGCGCAUGGCUGGAUGCGAGCUACGACCUCCUCUACGACAGUGUCUGCUCCAACAUUGUCGGCGCUCUGCUCACGAUCGCACUCUGCCUCUUCCUCAUGUGUUCCUUUCUCCUGCCCGUCAUUGUCUCUGCGAUCGUUCUGGAGAAGCGAUUGCGUGGUCUGCGCAAGGUACCUCGUUCCAUGAUGCUGGAUAUUUACGCUAUCGGUUAGGAGGACCGGCCUAAGCGGCUUGCCCAGGCCGCUGUGCCGCCGUCCACACAAGUGUAAACGGCGCGAAUGAAGCUAUUGACCAUAUCGAUCUUUGUCCGUUCUAAUAUAAAC